AAAAGCAAAAUAAAUAAUUUUCCUCGAGUUCCAAUUCGCAAAUCACAGCCAUAAAAGAAGAGAUUUCACCAUGAUUAACGUGAAAGUAAAAACACUGGACAGUCAAAAUCACGACUUCACUGUGGACGAAGAGAUCACAGUGCGAAAUUUCAAGGAACAUAUUGCGGAGAGUGUCAACAUCGGAGCCGAUAUGCAGCGACUGAUUUACUGCGGACGCGUCUUGGUGGACGAGAAACAGUUGAAGGAAUAUGAUGUCAAUGGAAAGGUAGUUCAUUUGGUGCAACGACCUCCGCCCGGCACACGCCCCAGUUCCGAGAGCAACAGCACCGGCAACGCCGAUCGACCGAAUGCGGAUCGUCAGCGACGUCGUGCCAACACAACGCGUUCCAACGACCUGCUCGACGGCAUGCUCGAAGGAAUGGUCCUCGAUGGUCGCGUCUUGAGUGCCUUGGCAAUUCCGGCACAACAAACCACCACAGCGCUGAAUCCGUCGUCGUCGUUGUGCCAGAAUCGCAUCACGGUCGCGCGUCACAUGCUGAAUUGCGCCAACAACAUUGCCGCAUUCCUCGAGGACCCGCAACGCGGUCUCAACAACUCCGCCAUGGACAUUUUGUCGCAACAAACGAUGGAAAGUACCGUUUUCGAGGUGGGCAUUAGUGCGGUGGGCGACGUCGAUGCACCCCAACAAAUCCAGAAUUUCAUACAAGCGUUCCAGGGAGCCGUUUCUGCGACAUUCCGUCAAAAUGGGAUUCAGAACAUCACGGUGCAGCAAAAUCCAGACUCGAAUUCGACGGUGCAGGUUUUCGGCACGAUUCCGCAUGUCAUUGGGGGUGCGGCACCAGCUGCAGGAGCACCAACGGGAGCAUCUACGGAAACUCCAGCAAGUGGUGGCACUCCAGCAGCUCCGGCGGAAGCAUCGCAAGCAAGUCCGCAGUCAGCUAGUCAACCCGGGACACCAAAUAGAGGACAACAAACAACUAGCACGCAAACGUUGGGCGAAGUUGUGCAACAAAUGCGCACCGUUCAAACGCGCUUGGAGCCAUUCAUUCAGCAAUAUUACGACAUUUUGAUGAACGAUCCGCAAUUUGAGGGCGACGAUGCAGCAACGCAACGCGAGAAUAGUCAACGAGUUUUUGAUCGUGUUUCGGAGGCUUUGCAUUACAUGAGUCACGCUCAGCAUGCAAUUAGUGACUUGAUGUUGGAUUUGUCCGUAGAUCGACCGCGUUAUCUCACCUGUCGACCCAUUCUCGUCGAACAAAGCGCUUUUGUUAGUUCAGGAAUUGCAGUUCCAAGCAACAUUAAUUUGGCGAAUAUCAUGCGAAACAGUGGAACCUUGAAUAACAACAACAAUGAAGCAGCAGGAAAUCAAAAUGCCACGAAUAAUUUGCCAACAGCUGCUGCAACGAUUGCAGUUCCCAUCGCUGUUCCUCUGCAAAUACCAACAAGUGGUUCGGAUGCAGAUGUAGCAAAUGCAGGUAAUAAUUCUUCCUCUACCCCAACAACGACUCCUACUACGACCUCGAGUAAUCGGAGCGGGGAUGAUGAUAAUACCGUCACGAGUUUCUAUAUUCCGCUGUAUCACCCAAUGACACCACAAGAGAGACGCUUGCGACAAGUCGCAAUUGUGACCAACCUUCAAAGAGAGGCAGAAGAGCGAAGUCGCAGACAAGCCAGUCAAACCCCAGAAUCGCAACCAAAUACAAAUUCCGAACCUAAUUCUGUCUCCAUCGAUCUAACCAAUCGUCCGGAGCUCUCACGAAUGAUCGGAGCGAUGCUCGAGUCGCAUAUCAAUUCAGCUGCUUCGGCUCCCGGUUUAUCGACGUUAUUGUCUAAUGCCGCAACUGGCGGAGGCGCAACAACGACCACCGCUAAUGACGGAGCUCGAAUGGCAUCGAUGACGUUGCCAACCACUUCAACAAGCACCCGAUCUACGACUCGUCCUCACAUUGCGCCAGCGAGUCUUCGCAACAUGCGACCCAUUCCUGCAAACAUGUUGUCGUCUUUUGAUCGAUUUUUGUCCUGCAACAGUCAUCACGUGCCCGAAAACAAUCCGCAGUUACGCGCUCAAGCCGCCAGUCGAAGUCAAUCGCAACAACGUCCGACAGCGCAAACGCCCGAAGAUGCCAUGCAAAAUAUGACGAAUGACGAGUACAGCACACCCAUCAACUUGCUCGGUGCGAAUUUGACGUUACGGGAUUUCAUCAACAUCGCUCCAACAGCUGCAACACUCAAUCGUAUUCGUGCCGAAUUGGAUGCUUUUGUGCGGACGAAUUUCUUGAAUGGCGCCUCCGUGACGCCCGAAAAUGUCGAAGCGGCAGUCAAUGAGUGUCUCAACUCCCUCGUCGGGUAUUUGCGACUUUUGCCCCAAUACGAGAGGCCAGAUUACGACGCACGACUGUCGGUAGAACAGUUGAUUCGUAUCCACUUACCGGGAAUUAUCAAUUUGAUUCACGAAGACACGUCAGAGGAAUUUGGAAUAAGACUUUUGCGGUCUUUGAUUCAAUUGACACGACAACUUUUUGCGGUUUUAUUGGUCACAGUUGGACGAACAAAUGCUGAAAGGUUCUUGAAUCAAGUCACACAAAUGACAAUUUCCUUUAAUUUGCCGCCCUUGAUGAUUUUCCAACAAUUUUUGCGGAAUGCCAUUUCGGCGACACUUACGGCUUUGAGUGCCGAUCAAGAAGAUAUUCAGGAAUUUUUGGUGAGACGAGGAAGACCAGCAGUUCCCGCAGAACAACCUACAGUUGCACAAGAGCCAACGCCAAUGGAAACUGACGAGCCACUAGAAAGUAGCAGUAGCGAUGCCACAUUCGAGGAAGCACUCGACAUGAAUGGACGCGAAAACCUACAGACUCCUCCUUUGGUGGAUGCCAAUCACACAGAUUUACCAACCGUCAAUCAAGGAAGCGAACCAUGGCACAGUCAAUUCCCACAACAAUGGUUGCCUGUUCUCACACGUGACAUCGAGAUCCAAAAACGUCAACGUGCUCAAGAACCCUUCUCGGAUGCCUAUAUCAACACAAUGACCGUAAAGCGACGCAAGGUGGUACAAGGGUCCAAACCUCCCACACAAGUAAAAGCUCUAAUCAGUGACGGACUCAAAAAAGCAAUUCAAAAGGUGGGAGCGCCAACGAGUUCCAACAGUUCCAGCGGAAGCAGUAGUCGGGCGUUAGAUGACAUUGUGGAAACAAUUUCGACGGAAGCCACGGUGCAGGCAAGCUAUACGGAAUCUGUGAAAAAAGUCGUUAAAGAUCGGGCUGGCAGUUCGGCGGAGGACUUUGACAAACAAAAAUAUCCAAACUGUAAUAAUUUCAUGGGAUAGAAGCGCUUAUUCUAUUAAAACUAUUCUUAAAUUAAUCGUAAAUUAUACACACACAGACACAUUACAGAGACUAAAUAAUUUAAACUACUUCCAUUUCAAAUGCAUUUUUGUUAUAUUUUGGUGAUCAACAAAAAAAGAAACACGUUAACGUAGAACCAGAAUACGGAUAGAAUAUUUUGUGAUCUAAAUUUAAUGAAAAAAGCACCCACAAAACAAUGUCACAAGACCAGGUUUCGGUCUAUAUAACAGUAUAUAGAUGAAAUUAGAAUAUUUAAAUCCCUUCCCAAAAACUAUUUGUUUCUUAUUUAUAAAAUAAAAUAUUGCAACACAGAAAUUUUAAUGCAAACAUUAAAUAAAAUCAUGAAAAAUC